GAGGCCGUCGUCUGCUGCUGUAAUUUGGCUACAGGGGAAGGAAAAUAUAGUCUAAAGUCGUUUUUUUUUUUUUUUUUUUUUUUUUUUAAAACAUACUUAAGAAUUUUUUUUCCUCUUUGUUGACUGGACGGUUUUGAAUUCGCAUACGAGUCGUUGUUAAGCCUCCGUAGCAUCCUCAGCGUUUGCGGGAUCGAUUUGCUCCAGAAACCCGGCAGUGUUUCAUGCAGGUGUUGGACACAUCCAUUCCCACUGAUCACAUAUCUGCCUGAGGUAACUCCUCAACCCCCCUCUUCCCUGUUCCGACUCCUAAGCGCCUCUCCUGCCCCUACACCCCAACUAACAUUCCCUCAGGACCUCUAGGCCACUUUGGGCUGGUGGCCUUCCUUCUCAAAGCCUUCUUGGGGAAAGCGGGUUUGUCGCGUCCCGUUUUUUCCAAACCUCGUCCUGCAUUUCACGGCUAAACCCAAACACCCCCGAGGAUGUCGUCCAUCUUGCCGUUCACGCCGCCAGUGGUGAAGCGCCUGCUGGGCUGGAAGAAGUCCGCGAGCGGCUCGGGCGGAGCAGGCGGCGGAGAGCAGAACGGUCAGGAGGAGAAGUGGUGCGAGAAGGCGGUUAAGAGCCUGGUGAAGAAGCUGAAGAAGACGGGCCAGCUGGAUGAGCUGGAGAAAGCCAUCACCACGCAGAACUGCAACACCAAGUGUGUGACCAUCCCCAGCAAUUGCUCUGAAAUUUGGGGACUGAGUACUCCAAAUACGAUAGAACAGUGGGAUACCUCAGGCCUAUACAGCUACCCUGACCAAACCAGAUCUCUGGAUGGACGCCUGCAGGUGUCUCACCGUAAGGGGCUGCCUCACGUCAUCUACUGCCGUCUGUGGCGAUGGCCCGACCUGCACAGCCACCACGAGCUGCGCGCCAUCGACACGUGCGAGUUCGCCUUCAACCUCAAGAAGGACGAGGUGUGCGUCAACCCCUACCACUACCAGCGGGUGGAGACACCAGUCUUACCACCUGUCCUAGUGCCAAGACACACAGAGAUUCUGACUGAACUGCCUCCUCUGGAUGACUACACCCAUUCCAUACCUGAAAACACCAACUUUCCUGGUGGGAUCGAACCCCCCAACAACUACAUACCAGAAACUCCUCCACCAGGCUACAUCAGUGAGGAUGGAGAGACCAGUGACCAGCAUAUGAAUCAAAGUAUGGACACAGGCUCUCCUGCAGAACUGUCGCCAAGCACACUCUCGCCCGUCAACCAUGGCAUGGACUUGCAACCGGUGACCUACUCCGAGCCCGCGUUCUGGUGCUCCAUAGCCUACUAUGAGCUGAACCAGCGGGUUGGGGAGACCUUCCAUGCCUCGCAGCCUUCCCUCACUGUGGACGGAUUCACAGAUCCUUCCAACUCGGAGCGUUUCUGCUUGGGCCUGCUGUCCAACGUCAACCGCAACGCCACCGUCGAGAUGACUCGCAGACACAUAGGCCGGGGAGUCAGGCUGUAUUAUAUUGGAGGAGAAGUUUUUGCUGAGUGUCUAAGCGACAGCGCCAUCUUUGUUCAAAGCCCCAACUGUAACCAGAGGUACGGCUGGCACCCUGCAACCGUCUGCAAAAUCCCCCCGGGCUGUAACCUGAAGAUCUUCAACAACCAGGAGUUUGCGGCUCUCUUGGCUCAGUCGGUCAAUCAGGGCUUUGAGGCUGUCUAUCAGCUCACCAGAAUGUGCACCAUCCGCAUGAGCUUUGUCAAAGGCUGGGGGGCUGAGUACAGACGGCAGACUGUGACGAGCACUCCAUGCUGGAUUGAGCUGCACUUGAACGGACCGUUGCAGUGGCUGGAUAAGGUUCUGACCCAGAUGGGUUCUCCCACCGCCCGCUGUUCCAGUAUGUCCUAAUCGCCAUGGCGACGAUGCCCACGCCCCUUCCCCCGAAAUCUGCAAAGUCCACAAUCACAAGAAACGACAAGUAGAACAACAGACGUGCUAUAAUCCCCGAUUCUCUCUCAUAGUACUUCUCUCUGUCUCUUUCCUCUCUCUCUCUCUCUCUCUCUCUCUCUCUCUCUCUCUAUCUCUCUCUACCUAUCCCCCCCUCCACCACCCAACCCCCCUCUCUCGCUCCACCUCUCCUGAUGUUCUCACUUUUCGGAACUGAACAUGGCACUUGCUGUCACAUCAGCUUCAUGCACCUUUAAUUCGCUCUUUUUCCCUCCUCAUAAAUCCUCAAUAUUAAAUGUAUUAGUGGUAGAAUUUGAAAUGUAUAUUUUUUUCCUUUUCUUAUAAAGACCGGGAAGUGUAGGGGUGUGUGUGUGUGUGUGUGUGUGUGUGUGUGUGUGUGUGUGUGUGUGUGUGUGUGUGUGUUAGGGAAGUAACAGAAGGCAGUUAAUAACUUGGCACAGAUGUUUCAGUAAAGCAUUCCUUCCCCUUGAAGUGAUCACGUAAACUAAAUGUUUCUGAUUUUGUUCUUUGCUUAACCAAGAGCUUACCUUUUGUUGGCAAAACGUCAUAUUGUUUAAGCUUGAUCUCUUUUGCUGAGACUAAUCAACAAAAACGAAAAGUAUUACUGCUUUUUAUCCCUUCCCACCCACCAAAACCUUUCAUUCUUAAAAAGUAAGGCCAAAAGACACCUUAUUCACUUCUUGUUCCUGAUAGCUGCGCCCAACCUCUAUGAAAGAAUGUUGCCUUAUAUGUUCAGGGUGCUGUCUUAUGGCAUGCUUCUUCUGAAAUCUAAUGUGAACAGAUAGGAAUGUUUUAGCAAAAAAAAGAAACCAUGCGAAGAAGAAAAAAAAAACAAAAACAACCUGGACCAAUAUUUUCUUCACCCCCGUCUCUGUAUCGCCCCUCAUUAGGUGAAAUACUAGCUCACUCUGGAGCGCUUUGAGUCGGGUUGAGGAAAAUCUUUAUGAAGAAAAACGACAAAAAAAUUAAUAAAAAUGAGUACACAAUCCAUAUCUUUCAAAAUAAAAAAAAAAAAAAAAGAAAUCCAACCUUUUAAGCUUUAAGUGUUAAUAAAGUAGGUUAUUCUUCACAAUCACAAGAUUUUUUUCCUUUAUCUUUCUUUUAGCUACUUUUUGUAUUUUCAUGUAUUUUUAUAUAUAAAUAUAUUUAAAAUCUUUAAUGCUCUCUUCCUUUUUAUUAGAAUUGAGUAUUUUUUUAGAUCAUGCCCUCUUUUUAACGGAACAUGGCUUCAUAAUGAAAACGUCCUGUCACAAAAAAAGUUGUUAGUCGAACUCUUUCACAAUCAGUGUCUUUAUAUUCUCCUCCGCUGUGUUUCCGAUUUAAGCUGUUGCACCAAACAUUCAGCUCCUCAUCUAUCGGCAUGUUUAAUUUGGUUUGUUCAGGAAAAAAAAACAAAAAAUUCUUUAACGUGCGUAUGUGUGUGUAUAUAUAAUUUUUUUUUUUUUUUUUUUUUUUUUUUGCUUUUCUGCCCUGGAUGCUUUUCCAUGACCUAUGGUUCUUUAAACGGGGGAAAACAUUUAUCUAUUGUCAAAUGUUGCAGAAGCAUGGCAGUGUUCUAUUCGCCCACGAUCAGGGGAAAAGAAGGGAAAAAAAAAAAAAAGACUCCUCAAAUAUGAUCAGCGUCUUACGAGAUGAAUUGUGCAACUUUAGUGUGUGUUCUUGUUGUACAACUUAACUAAUGACUGUGAUCUAGCUGUCUGCCUUCCUUUACUUGCUGUGACGGUGGCAAGAUGUUUGAAAUCUUCAUUCCCCUCCUGCCACCUCUGUCUCUCUUUUUUUAGUUUUGUUGAUCUUAUUACACUUGCGAUUGUAUUUUAAUUGCAGCGAGUGUGGAGAAGACGAAGAGGUUGUGGCCUGUUUGAAACCGUUCAGACACUGGGAACAUUCUGCUUGCCAGUUUUGACUGGGUGUGGAAAGAAAACCAAAUAGAACUGUUAAGUGGCCCAGACAUAUAUGCAUAUACAGUAUAUAUGUGUAUAUAUAAUUUUAUUUUACUUUUUCUUUUUUUUCUUUUUUUUUUUUGGCAAAGCAUUUAACAGUUGGUGAGCUUAUUUUACCAUUAGAGAGAUGUAUUGGUAGGACGUGAACGUUAUCAGGAGAUAAGCUUUUCAAGCGUGUUGCAUAUGCAGACUUCAUAAAUACACUAAUAAAAAGUUUUAAUUCUCAUGAG